AUGUCCGGAAAAUCGGGCGAGGCCAAUUCCAGUAUUGGCCACACCCUGGCCAAGGUCCUGGGUAUCAAGCUCGCAUACAGAGAUCCCCUGGGUGCUACCGAUGAGGCCGUUACAAGAGGCGAAUCGCAAUUUUCCAUGGGCACCGUCGACACAUGCUCAUACAACGAACCCGAGCCGACAAGUGUCGAUUGGAUUCGCGAAAUCACCCCAUCCGGAGCCCAACUGGGCAGAUAUCUGAUCAGUCUAUUCCCUUUCCUCACAUGGAUUGGCAACUACAACCUAACAUGGCUGUACGGUGACUUGGUUGCCGGUAUCACCGUGGGAGCGGUCGUUGUGCCACAGGGUAUGGCCUAUGCUAACCUGGCUGAACUGGAGGUACAGUAUGGUCUGUACUCCUCGUUCAUGGGAGUUUUGAUCUAUUGGUUCUUUGCUACGUCAAAGGAUAUCACCAUUGGGCCUGUGGCCGUCAUGUCAACUCUUACAGGAACUAUCGUCCUUAAAGUCCACGAGGAGUACCCAGAUUACCCUGCCCAUUUGAUCGCAUCCGCUCUUGCUGUCAUUUGCGGUGCUAUUGUUCUAGUGCUGGGUCUCCUCCGCCUUGGAUUUAUUGUCGAUUUCAUCUCUCUCCCCGCUAUUUCGGCCUUCAUGACUGGAUCGGCUAUCAACAUUUGCGCCGGACAAGUUUCGACUAUGUUGGGCGAGACAGCCAAAUUUAGUACACGCGGUGCCACCUACAUGGUCAUUAUUAACACCCUCAAACACCUCCCCAGUUCGACAUUGGAUGCUGCUAUGGGUGUCACUGCCUGUGCAAUGCUUUACAUGAUCCGUUCAGCAUGCACUUACGCCGCGAAGAAGCAGCCUGCCAGGGCCAAGAUGUGGUUCUUCAUCUCGACUCUUCGGACCGUGUUUGUGAUCUUGUUUUACACUAUGAUUAGUGCCGCCACGAACCUGCACCGAAGGGAUCACCCGGCAUUCAAGCUCCUCGGGACCGUCCCUCGAGGAUUCCAGCAAGCCGCCGUACCCACUAUGGAUGCUAAGAUCAUUAAGUCCUUCAUUGGCGAGCUUCCGGCUGCGGUUAUUGUUCUUCUGAUUGAGCACAUUGCCAUUUCCAAGUCCUUCGGUCGUGUUAACAACUACACCAUCGAUCCCUCUCAGGAGUUUGUGGCCAUUGGCGUGAGUAACCUUCUCGGGCCCUUCCUCGGUGGCUACCCCGCGACUGGAUCUUUCUCCCGGACAGCUAUCAAGUCUAAAGCUGGAGUGCGCACACCCCUUGCUGGUGUCAUUACCGCGGUCGUGGUGCUCUUGGCUAUCUAUGCUCUGCCUGCUCUCUUCUUCUACAUCCCCAAGGCUUCUUUGGCCGGCGUCAUUAUCCACGCUGUGGGCGAUCUGAUCACUCCCCCGAACACUGUUUACCAGUUCUGGCGCGUAUCUCCGCUUGAUGCGAUUAUUUUCUUUAUUGGUGUCAUUGUCACUGUCUUCAGUUCCAUUGAAAAUGGUAUCUACUGCACAGUCUGUGUUUCGCUUGCAGUCCUACUUUUCCGACUGGCCAAGGCCCGCGGUCAGUUCCUGGGCCGUGUUACUAUCCACUCCGUUGUCGGAGACCACCUGUUGGAUGGCGAUGGAAAGUACGGAUCGUUCGGAACUAACAAGGCUCCCUCUGACGACGAGGACGACCACCAACGAACCAUCUUCCUUCCCAUCAACCACACUGAUGGCUCCAACCCCGAUAUCGAUGUGGAGCAACCCCUUCCUGGCAUCUUCAUCUACCGCUUCUCUGAAGGCUUUAACUACCCCAACGCCAACCACUACACCGAUACCCUGGUUCAAACCAUCUUCAAGAGCACCCGCCGAACGAACCCCCAGGCCUACAGCAACCGUGGUGAACGUCCCUGGAACGACGCCGGUCCCCGCCGCGGCAAGCAAAGCGACGACGAGUCACACCUACCCCUUCUCCAAGCCAUUAUUCUGGACUUCUCAUCCGUGAACAAUGUCGACGUAACCUCAAUCCAGAACCUGAUCGACCGCGGCCUGGCUGCCGCAGGCUUCGGUUACCCGACACCCGUUGCUAGCGACGGCUUCCACCGGUGGAAACCCAUUUUCAGCGUGGCCGAGAUUGAAGGCAACGCCUCAGCCGCUGCCCAUGCCGAAAUCGUCGCCAACCAGCGCGAACAGUCCCUCCACAAGAACGCGGAUCUCGAAUCAGGCCUCAAGUCUGAUUCCAACACCAUCGCGUUGGAGACCGACGGCAUCGAGACCGCAUCCGAGAACUCCGAGGUCGUCCGUGAGGACAAGUUCAACCGCGAUAUCACGGACAGCAAGCCAUACCAGCGUCGCCCUAAGGUUGCGCUCGUGCAGGGCAUGAACCGGCCUUUCUUCCACAUCGACUUGACCAGCGCUCUCCAAAGUGCCGUUGCCAAUUCCUCGGACGUGAUCCCCCACAUUGAGUGA